GCAGAGCGAGCGCGUUUCACAUAAUUGGGCCGACUUGUGUAGGUGUUCACGAUGGCGCUACUCAGGCAAAUUUUCGGAAGGGUGACUUCCAAGUCAAUGCAGGAAUUGUCUGCCAAGAAAACACCUGUAAUAACUAAUGGAUCGAGAAGGUUGGCUUCUGCAUUUACAUUUGUCCCUGAUGCAGCCUCUCCAUCGGAUGGGGAAACCACAAAGAUGAAUCUAUUUCAGGCUCUCAAUAAUGCUAUGGAUGUAGCCUUGGCAACAGACCCUACUGCAGUUGUAUUUGGUGAAGAUGUUGCUUUUGGUGGUGUUUUCAGAUGUACUGUUGGGUUGGCAGAUAAACAUGGUAAAGACAGGGUAUUCAACACACCGCUCUGUGAACAAGGUAUUGUCGGUUUUGGCAUUGGUAUGGCCUCGGUGGGAGCAACCGCUAUCGCUGAAAUACAGUUUGCUGAUUAUAUCUUCCCAGCCUUUGAUCAAAUUGUUAACGAAGCUGCAAAGUUCCGGUAUAGGUCAGGCAAUAUGUUUGACGUCGGUGCUCUCACCAUCCGAGCACCAUGGGGAGCGGUUGGUCACGGCGCCCUCUAUCACUCACAGAGUCCAGAAGCCUUCUUUGCACAUAUUCCAGGAAUCAAAGUUGUAGUUCCACGUAGUCCCAUCCAAGCCAAGGGUCUAUUAUUAUCCUGUAUACGAGAUCCCAACCCGUGUGUCUUCUUUGAACCCAAGGUACUCUACCGUGCAGCUGUUGAGCAAGUGCCAGUCAAAGAUUAUAUGAUUCCCUUGUCAAAAGCAGAAGUACUGCAAGAAGGCAGUGAUGUGACACUGGUAGGAUGGGGAACCCAAAUCCACGUUCUGAGGGAGGUUGCCCAACUAGCCCAAGAGAAGCUAGGAGUCAGCUGUGAGCUUAUUGACCUGGUUACCAUCUUACCAUGGGACAGGGAAACUAUAUUUAAGUCAGUACAGAAGACUGGUAGAUUACUGGUAGCCCAUGAAGCACCCAUCACAGGUGGAUUUGCAUCAGAGAUUUCUUCCAGCGUACAGGAGGAGUGUUUCCUACACCUUGAAGCUCCUAUCCAGAGGGUGUGCGGCUGGGACUCACCGUUCCCGCACGUCUUUGAACCCUUCUACCUCCCGGAUAAAUGGAGAUGUCUAGAUUCUAUCAAAAAGAUGCUUAACUACUGAAAAACAAACAUUGCAAUAUUUAUGAUCUGAGAUGUGUGCCCGUGCCACCGCUGCUUGUGUGGAUCGCAUCCAUUCUAUUUCUGCUGAUAUGUAAAUAAGAUAUAUUUUCUUUGUAUUCUCAACACUCUGUUAACAGAGUCAAGUCAGGUCUGACUACCCUCUGAAUCCAAGUUCAACCUUGAAAAUGGGAUCUGCUGGAAAUCAAAGAUAUUCUUGUUUAAUAGAUCGGACUACUGUCAUAUUUCGUAGUAGUCAAAGUCAACUUGGAUGUCGUGUCAGCAGGUAGUCAGCUGAAUAUGAGUACUUGUUUCCCAGUUACUCUGACUUCCAGUCACCUGAUUCUUAGUUUCUACUCCAUUAUGUGUCAGAAGAAUAGACUCCCAGGGAGUCCCAGCUAAUCACAUUCUUAGUGAAAUUAGUGUGUAGAUACUUAUUUGAGCAAUCUUA